AUGGGCUGUUCGCUGGGCGGUGUCGUCGGGUACCAGGUCCGCUUCGAUGACUGCACCACGGAGGAUACUGCCAUCAGGUAUAUGACCGAUGGUUGCUUAUUGAGGCAAAUACUGGCAGACCCCCUUCUCAGCAAGUACAGUGUCAUCAUUUUGGAUGAAGCCCAUGAGCGGAGCCUCAGCACUGAUAUUUUAUUUGGUUUGCUGAAGAAACUAUUUCUACAGAAGAAACCACCGGACAGGAAGACGGCCAUGAAAGUGGUCGUGAUGUCGGCCACCUUGGAGGUAGACAAACUCUCAGAGUUCUUUGGACACUGUUCAGUGCUGCACAUUCCAGGAAGAAGUUAUCCCGUCAAGGAGAUAUUCUGCAACCUGCUCAGCCCAAGAGAUGUAGGCAGCUCUGCAUAUGUUACAGAGGCUGUAAAAGUGACAUUGGAUAUCCACUUAAAUGAACCAGAAGGCGACAUCUUGGUUUUCCUGACAGGUCAAAUUGAGAUAGAAAGAGCUUGUGACUUACUUUUCAAGAAAGCAGAAUCGAUUGAUUACCGGUACGAAGUACAUGAUCGGUCUGUUGAAGGCUUGCUUAUUUUACCAUUGUAUGGUUCAAUGUCAACAGAUCAACAGAAAAGAAUAUUUUUGCCAGCUCCCACGGGCAUUAGAAAAUGUGUGGUAUCCACAAACAUUGCUGCAACAUCUCUGACAAUAGAAGGAGUCAGGUACGUAGUAGAUAGUGGAUUUGUGAAGCAGUUGAAUCAUAAUCCUCGAGUUGGCUUGGACAUACUGGAGGUGGUUCCCAUUUCAAAGAGUGAGGCAAGGCAACGAGCUGGCCGAGCUGGCAGGACAUCAUCUGGAAAAAGCUAUCGGCUGUACAGCAAAGAAUUCUGGGAGCAAUGUAUGCCUGAUCACACGGUCCCAGAGAUCAAGAGAAGCAGUCUGACAUCGGUGAUCCUGACCUUGAAGUGCCUUUCUGUGCAUGAUGUCAUAAGAUUUCCCUAUUUGGACCCUCCUGAAGAAAGGCAUAUUUUAGAAGCUCUCAAGGAACUUUACCAGUGUGGUGCUAUUGACAGGAGAGGCCACGUGACAAGACUGGGUGAAUUCCUGGUGCAGUUUCCCCUCCCUCCCAACCUGAGCUGUGCUGUUUUAAAAGCUGCUUCUCUUGACUGUGAAGAUCUGCUGCUUCCCAUAGCAGCCAUGUUGUCUGUGGAAAAUGUCUUCAUUCGUCCAGGUGAUCCUCAGAAGCAAAAGGAGGCUGAGCUUCAACACCAGGAACUUUCCUCGCAAGUGGGAGGAUGCAAUGACUUUGCAACCCUCUUAAAUAUUUUUGAACAGUGCAAAGCAAGCAAGUCUCCUUCAGCUUGGUGCCAGAAAUACUGGAUCCAUUGGAGAGCUUUAAAAUCUGCUUUUAGUGUGGAAAAACAGCUUCGGGAAAUAAUCAGUAAACUGAAACAGCUGCCAGACUUCCCUAAAGAGACAUUUGAAGGCUCCAGAACUGAAAUACUAAGAAGAUGUCUGUGUGCAGGAUACUUUAUCAAUGUAGCUAGGAGAUCUGCAGCCAGGACAUUCUGCACAAUGGACGGCCAUGGCAGCAUAGUCUAUAUCCAUCCUUCAUCUACACUGUAUAACCAGGAGACUCGCCUCGAGUGGAUCAUCUUCCAUGAUGUCACAGUGACAUCCAAAAUCUAUGUCCGGACAGUGUGUCCUGUUCGUUAUGAAUGGGUCAAAGACUUGCUGCCCAGAUUGCAUCAGAUUGAUGCAUAUGAACUGAGCAGCGUGGCACGGGAAGAAGUAACUGAAGAGGAAAUAACCAAGUGGAAACACAAGGAGGAGCUUAAAAGGCAGUGUG